UACGAUAUAGAUAGAUAUAUCCCAUUUGUUUGUGUUUUGUUUUCUUGUGUGUUAUUGUAUCAAUUAUUGCUCCAGAAAAUGGAACGAAAUUUCAAUCUAUAUAACCCAAAUUGAAACACAGUAUCACUCUCACUUCGCCGCAUUUAACCCCACUUGCUGUUUCAUGACUCUAGAUCACUAACCUCACUGCUAUUGUGUGUUCUUUUCCCCAACAAGAUAUAUUUUGGGGUUUGAUCUGUUUAGUUCCUUUCUGACUUGUUGAGCUGGUGAUAGAUAAUUUUCUCUUGGUUAUUUACUAAGAAUUGGUGAGACUUUUUUAUUUUGGAGUAGUUUUGAGGUGAGAAAAGUUACAAUUUUUAGGACAAUGGCGGGUUGUUCUUCAAAUUUUGGGGUGGCCCAUGGUGUCUGUGUAGGAAAAGAAAUUGUUUUGCGGAAGAAUGUAAAUCAAUAUUCAAGUUUUAGUAGUUUGAGUUUUAGGAGUGUGUUGUUGAAGGAGGCUGCAUUUCCAGCUAUUUGUGUGAACAAGUGUGGUGGAUCAUAUGUGUCUAUACAGAAGAAACAAACGUUUUUAAUUAUGUGUAUGUCGCAGCCGCCUGCUGAAUCGCAGCCUGCUGCAACAACAGUGGAAUUAUCGGAAGGGGGAGGUGAUUGUGUAGUGGGAAAAGAACAAAAAAAUUGGGAUAGUGAGCCGGAUUCAAAGACUGAUGGAAAUGAUAAUAAUGGAGUUUUGUUUGAUGGUAGUGGUGGUAAUGGGAGCUUUGGAAAUGGUGGAGCGGGAGAUAGGAGUGAUGGUGGUGAUGAUGAUGACGAUAAAGAAGAAGGGGAAUUCGGGCCGAUGUUGAAAUAUGAUGAGGUAUUGAGAGAGACGGAGGCACGUGGCGUUACUCUUCCUUUUGACAUGUUGGAGGCUGCUAAGAGUGUUGGAAUCCCAAAGUUGCUUCUUCUUAGAUAUUUGGAUUUAGAGGGAUCUUUUUGGCCUUUAGGAUUUGCUAUGAGAUCAUGCUCUAUCCUUCGCAACCGAAUGCUGGCUGAUCCAGCAUUUCUUUUCAAAAUUGGCUCAGAGAUCGUAAUUGAUUCUUGUUGUGCUACUGUUGCUGAAUAUCAAAAGAGAGGCAAAGACUUUUGGAAUGAAUUCGAGUUGUAUGUUGCGGAUCUUCUUGUUGGGUUGGUUGUUAAUGUUGCUUUGGUAGGAAUGUUGGCACCUUAUGCACGAAUUGGAAAACCGUCGAUAUCUAGGGGAUUCCUUGGUAGUAUGCAGAAAGCUUAUGCAGCUUUGCCUAGCAGUGUAUUUGAAGCUGAAAGACCAGGAUGCAGAUUUUCUGUACAGCAGAGACUAGGAACAUACUUCUUCAAGGGUAUGAUGUAUGGAGCUGUUGGAUUUGGAUGUGGUAUUAUCGGUCAAGGCAUUGCAAACAUGAUCAUGACUGCAAAGCGGAACAUAAAAAAAUCAGAAGACGACGUACCUGUACCACCUCUUUUGAAGAGUGCUGCUCUUUGGGGUGUGUUCCUUGCCGUAUCUUCUAACACGCGAUACCAGAUUGUAAAUGGACUAGAACGUUUGGUAGAAGCAUCGCCAAUGGCAAAGCAGGUUCCACCAGUUGCCCUGGCUUUCACAGUCGGUGUGCGUUUCGCCAACAACGUUUAUGGUGGCAUGCAGUUUGUUGACUGGGCUAGGUGGAGUGGAGUGCAAUAGUUGCUUUAAUCUUGUUUUGUAUUGUAGGUGUAAUAUUCUAGUCAUAUGUUUUUCUUAGAGGCUUAAUUAAUUUAUACCUCAUGUUCAUGGACCUAUUAAUGACCAAAGGUUAAGGUUGCAUGGUUUCAUUUAGAUUGAUUUUAGGCAAUAAUUUAGAGGAUGAGCAUUUUUCCCUCUGGUUUCGUAAUAAUUAACCUUAAUGAUCAAGUUACUUCGGUACUAUUAAGAAUCAUUUAUAGUAAGUACAUGUUGCUGUGUUC